UUGUAUUGGUAAGACUGCGCCUUAGUAUAUAUGUAGCAUACCGAAAGUGACGUUCGUUUGACUUGACUGUAUUAAUGACAGUAAAUAAUUGUGAUUCGAUUGUGUGUAAAUAGGUAUUAAGCCAGUGAUCGUAGGAUUGUCGACAUAGUCGUGCGUAGAUUCUACGUUCUUUAUCUUAACGUUAAUCGAAACGCAUAAAUCGACGGGAGAGCACUCUCGGGGAUCCGCAGGGAAGAAAGAAGUUGCUGUAAUGGCCGCCGUGUCAUGAAAUGAAGGUGCCCAGCCAGUUUUGCGCUUCCACCAUGGAGGAUAACUCCAGCUCUCCCUCGCAAAAUCAUAACGGGCAGCUAUCUGCUGGAGCGAACGUGUCCCUCGCAAAUAACAAGCACCAGGGUAGUGAUAACGGCACUGCUGGAGGUGCCGGAGGUGGUAGCGGUGGUGGAGGUAGUGGAGGUGGCGGAGGCAGCGCCGGGGACGAGAGACCACAAUAUUCUAUGCCUGGAAUUCUUCACUUCAUUCAACAUGAAUGGGCUCGCUUCGAACUCGAGAGGUCCCAGUGGGAGCUGGACAGGGCAGAGUUUCAGGCCAGAAUAGCUUUCUUGCAAGGAGAAAGAAAGGGACAAGAAAAUUUGAAGAAUGAUUUAGUGAGACGGAUAAAGAUGCUGGAAUAUGCACUAAAACAAGAAAGGGCAAAGUACCACAAAUUAAAGUAUGGUACUGACCUGGUAGUUCAAGGAGAUGUCAAACCACCUAUAUACGAAGAAGGUAGUUCCUGUGGUGGUUCUGACGGAGGUGGUGGUGAUGGGGAAGCAGUUAGUAAUAUCAGCUGGAGGCAGGGUCGACAGCUUUUAAGACAGUACUUGCAAGAAAUUGGGUACACCGAUACUAUUAUAGAUGUCAGAUCAAACAGAGUUCGAUCACUACUUGGUUUAAAUAAUAACACAGAUUCAGAUGAUCUGAAUACUCCAGCGCUCAAUGGAAAUGAGUCUUCAAAUAAGCGAGCCAGUGAGAACCAGGGUCGACGAAUCCCAGCCAAAAAGGUAGAGCAACAGCCAUCGUCUAUUGCCGAAGCAAUGGUUCUUGAUACUGAAGCAGCAGUGAUGGCGAAUUUCGAGUUCCUAGCUCAAGCCGAUAUUGAUAUGGAGGAAGAAGAAGGCGAUGUUGAAGAGGAACUCUAUGACGCAAGUUCAGGAUCCAAGCCAAAUAAGCCCAUAUUACUAACCGAGGACGUUGACGCUGAAGCGGAAGAAGUAUUAAACGAAUUGAAUCGUCUCACAGAGACUGAGGAAUCACUGCCUGGUUCUAUGCAUAGAGGUUUACAGUCCGAUCUACGACGUCCGUGUGAGGAAACCGAUUCGACAUUGGGUUUAGGGGAAUUAGCGCAAUUGACAGUCAACAAUGAUGCAGAAGUAGCGUAUGACAUGGCCGCGAACACAAAGGAGACAUUCAGAAAGACAUGGAACGCAAAAUAUACCCUACGCUCACAUUUCGAUGGUGUCCGAGCCCUCGUCUUCCACCCUACCGAUCCCGUACUUAUUACAGCGAGUGACGAUCACACACUAAAAUUGUGGAAUGUUCAUAAAACCGUUCCAGCCAAAAAGUCGGCAUCCUUAGACGUAGAACCCUUGUACACGUUCAGAUUGCAUACUGGACCGGUAUUAUGUCUAGCUAUGAGUGAUUCCGGGGAAGAUUGCUACAGUGGUGGUUUGGACGGAAUGAUUCACAAUUGGACACUUCCGCCAGCUACCAUAGAUCCAUACGAUUUCUACGACCCGAACGUGCUCAAAAAUACCCUCACAGGACAUACCGAUGCUGUUUGGGGUUUAAGCAUGUAUCAUCCGAGAUCACAAUUACUUUCAGUUAGUGCGGACGGAACAGUUAAACUCUGGAGUCCACAAAGCAAAGUACCAUUGCUCAACACGUACACUUCUGAGCAAGAUGGAAUACCCACGUCUGUCGACUUCGUGAGAGACGAGCCCCACAAGUUGGUCGUAGCCUACGAAGGGGCUUGCGUGGUAUUCGAUGCAGAAACUGCAGCUGUUGUAGCGCGACUAGAAGGCAACGGCACAACAGGCGUUAAUCGUGUGGUUGCUCAUCCGACUCUUCCAUUGGUAGUAGCAGCCCACGAGGAUAGACAUAUUCGUUUCUAUGAUCAUCGUUCAGCCACUCUUGCUCACGCCAUGGUGGCGCACUUGGAUGCUGUUACUAGUCUUGCCGUAGAUCCUCAUGGCUUGUACCUACUUUCAGGCAGUCACGAUUGCAGUAUAAGAUUAUGGAACAUGGAUAAUAAGACUUGUGUACAAGAGAUAACGGCACAUCGUAAGAAAUUCGACGAGAGCAUCCUGGACGUUGCGUUCCAUCCUUCGAUGCCGUUCAUCGCGAGCGCAGGCGCUGACGCCCUCGCCAAGGUAUUCGUUUGAGCAAUACCGCGGACAGGAGUUGUUCUUCGAUCCGUAUCGCGGAGAACGGUUUUUGUACUCAUGCUCGUUUUACAUAGUCCCCCCCUCCCUCCUUUUUUCUGUACGUACCACACUUCCAAUUUUGUUUCUACUCAUUAGUCGAGAUUCGGCUGUGAGAUUGGUAGUAUAAAUAUAUCAAAUUACAUAUUCAGAUACUCAUAUUGUAGGACUCAAAUGAUUAUUCCGUAAUGUUUCAUUAAAAAUAAUUAUAAUUUGAGGUGUAAACGUUAUUUGUCAAUAUAAUCGCCUCUAAGUAGAUACACGACUUAUUGGCAAGUCGAUUCAUGGGGUGAGGUGUGGGGGGGAGGAUGGGUCACGGAGGAAGGGGUAUGGCGUGUAGAAUAUUAAUUAUUAUAGUACCUAUAAUUAAAAGAUUAAAGGAAUCCCCUUCUUAUCCAGAAUCCAGGGAGCACACUGCCGCGGUAGCAUAAUAUUUAUCAUUACGUUAACUAUUUAUUAUUGAAAUCACAGUUACUGCUGCACAGCUACUGGGGGUUAUAAUAUGAUGAUAACGAUGAGUAUAACGGUAUCACGAUAAGCUCUGCUAAUUAGUCUCCCAUUACAACACUCUCGUGCUACCUUCUGUAUUAGUUGAGCUCAGCGUAUGGUUAUAAUAAUAUUAAUAAUAAUAAUAAUAAUAACAUCAACAAUAACAGUAAUGAUGACGAUGAUGAUAAUAAGAAUAAGAAUAAUAAUAGUAAUUCAUAAGUCGAGUAUAUUAUAGACAUAAUAUUAAUAACAAUAAAUUAUAACUGUGUGUUUCUCUGUAAUAUAUUGUAUUUAAAAAUAGACAACUGUGUAACUUACUAUAAUCAAUUCUCUCUA